AUGGAGGCUGGUUGAGAGCAGCGCUCAGAUUGCCUCUCAGGUUUCUCUGGGUUUUAAUGGGCUCCGGCUACAGAAAAACGCGCUGUUGAUUCGUACACUUUCGGCAGAGAAAAUCGGACUAGCGACAUGUCGGAGGAGGCAAGUUCUCCGGAUGGGAACGGCAAGGUUCGUCGGGUCAUCCGGAUCGGAACACGUAAGAGCCAGCUGGCUCGCAUCCAGACAGACAGCGUUGCCGACAAAUUGAAAGAACUGUACCCUGACAUUCAUUUGGAAAUAGUUGCCAUGUCAACGACAGGAGACAAAAUCCUUGACACGGCUUUAUCAAAGAUUGGUGAGAAGAGUUUGUUCACCAAAGAGUUGGAGAACGCUCUGGAGAGAAAUGAGGUCGAUCUGGUUGUUCAUUCACUGAAAGAUCUUCCCACCACUCUGCCUCCGGGAUUCACCAUCGGAGCUGUGCUGAAGAGAGAAAACCCCCACGAUGCCGUGGUUUUACAUCCACAGAAUGUCGGGAAAACUCUGGAGUCUCUGCCAGAAAACAGUGUGAUCGGCACCAGCUCACUGCGCCGCGCCGCUCAGCUCAAGAAGAGAUUUCCUCACCUGAAGUUCAACGACAUUCGAGGGAACCUGAACACACGGCUGAAGAAGCUGGAUGAGAAGGAGGACUUUGCCGCCAUCAUCCUGGCUGCCGCUGGCCUCAGGAGGAUGGGCUGGGAGAGCCGGAUCAGCCAGAUCCUGGGGCCUGAAGACUGCAUGUACGCUGUCGGCCAGGGGGCUCUGGCAGUGGAGGUUCGAGCCAGAGAUGUAGACAUCCUGGAGAUGGUGUCUGUCCUCCAUGACCCUGACACUGUGCUGCGCUGCAUCGCUGAGAGAGCCUUCCUCAGACACCUGGAGGGUGGCUGCAGCGUUCCGGUGGCGGUACACACCCAGGUCAAAGACUCCCAGCUCUACCUGACCGGGGCAGUGUACAGUCUGGACGGAUCAGACAGCCUGAAGGAAACCAUGCAGACGAGCAUCACUGCUGGUGACAAGAGUUCAGAAGAGGUGGACGAGCGGCUCCAGAGAGUGGGAGUCACAGCCAGCAAGGUCCCUGGUGAAGCCCAGGACAGAGCUGAGCGGCUGGGGGUCGACCUGGCCAACUUACUGCUGAGCAAAGGAGCCAAGGAGAUCCUGACCGUUGCCAGGCAGCUCAAUGAUGCCAGAUAAUGCUGCCCGGCCGAGGGACGGGGCCCAGAGUGAGCAGUCAGUCACAACCUUGUGUCAAGUAGAAACCUGCAGUCCUUCUUUGUGGUAUGCAUUUGAUGUUGAUAAAAAGAUUGGUGACCUUCUGUCGCACCAGGGGAGGAUUUCAAACACUACUUGGACCAAAGUUGUGCUCAGCGUGCGACAAAGCUGCUAAAUUGACCGCCAUUCUCGGUUUUGUAACCCUGCUGUCUGUAGCACUCUUGGUCUUGGUUCCAGCCUGUUCUUACACUCAGUACCUCAUGGAACCAUCUCCUGAGCCACGCAGAAACCACCUCACUAGGAUUAUCAGCGAGACACACAAAAUGGCCUUCAGACGUUUUCGUCAGCACUCGUAGUUCCACCGCUAGCUGAUCCCGUCAUGGUCAAACCCUUAGUUGUUUUGUUUUUUUAGCCCAGCAGUACAUUAACUGCACAGCCCGCUAAAAUUCAGCAAAUAUCUUCCCUCCACACUCAAGGGCGUUUCAUCUAUCAUUGUUCUUCACAAGCAGAUAUAAAAGACAAGAUAAAGUUCAUCUCGUAGCUUUGAGCAGACUUUUUUUUUGAUGGUACCAAAGAUGAGUUUCCAAGGUUGUGGACACAUUUUCUGGAUUGAUGCAAUGAGGUGACUCAUUUCGGUGCAAAGGUUUGAAAGAAAUGUAAAUAGUUGAGUAAAUCCAGCGCCAUCAUUGGCUUUGUGUUUGAACUUUGUCACACUUACUUGAUGUGCUUAUCGGAGCACUGAAACUAGUGUUUGGCCUGAACGUACCCUUCCUGCGUAACCUUCAUCCAGCUCUUGCUGACUUCAACGUUUCCAGCUGAGGAGGCCUGAUGACUUGCUACCUCUUUAACAGAGAGAGAUUAUAUUUAAUAUACACAAUAAGCUGGAGGGAGCAUUUAGUUUGACUCCACCUGUGACACAGCGAGUGAUGCUAAGAUCUCUGCAGCUUUGCACUGAAUCUGUAUGAGUUUCACUACAUGUUUAACACUGGAGCUACACUUUCACACCAGGCCCUGCGUUAGUUUUCAGCCUCCUGCUCUAUUUUAAAUGUGAACUGUUGUCCUGUUUUAUGCCUCGUUCAUAUUGCAUGUUGAAUAUAUGGGUGUAAUGUCUGUGCACAAUGCCUUGCUGUAGUACACAAGGUAUCAACUGUGAGCUUAGAAUUUUAAAAUGAUGGUUUAAAAGGUGUUAAUGCUACCGUUGUGGAUGUACAGAAGUAGAAUGGACUGUUGAAAAGGUAAAAAAAAAAAAAAGAGCUUACAUGAAAUGGCCUCAGACCCCUGAUCAUUUCUUUCAACCAUAAUAGAUGUUUACAGCUAUAUUGCCACACUCAUUACCUUGAAUUCAGCAGAACUUGGGCAUCAUGGACCCAUUCAUGCUGCUGAUGCUGGUAUGUUGUGGUGUAGUUCUAUUGAAGCACAUUGCAUUCAUCAAACAAAGCAAAGUUGGACAUAGUAUCUCAUAAUUUUAUUCUAUAUCAUAGUUUUGUCACAAUUCUCAGAUUUAAACGAACUCUGAGACAAAGAUCAUUCUCCUAAUUCUGAUGCUGUUCGGUGAUCUUCACUUCGUAUCAUGAUUACACCUCCUCCUGUAGAUACCGACCUCCUACCUGCAGUAUAGUUCUAUUUUUGUAAUAGAUUCUCAUGUUCAUGAGAGCAUUUCUCAUAAUCACAGCGUCUGUGUCUCACAGAGACUAUAUAGAAAGAUGGACGUGGCCUUUGGGUUGGAAAAGUGGAACCAACAUAGAUGUGCAUUCUUUCUAACAGCCAGCAGGGGGCGACUCCUCAGUUUGCAAAAAGAAGUCUUGAUUGUAAAAAAAAAAGUCUAUGAGAAAAUAACCCUACUUCUCACUUGACCUGUUACCUCAGCAAACAUUUUACUUACAAGUUUUUGGGCUCAAUUGCUAAUUAAUCCGUUAUGUACAUUCUGGUCCCAUUAAGAGAUAAAUGGAUAAAGUAGGGUAAGUUUUAAGGCGGGGCUACGUUGUGACUGACAGGUUACCACCAUGCUGCUUGUGUGUUCAGUCAGAUCCAACCCUCCCUCAUUCCAUUCAGAUUUUUCAGAGCUACAUGGCAACAGCAGAACUCCACACUGGAGGCUUCAGAAUAGUCCACAAACUAAAUAAGUCACGUCACAGUUGCUAUGUCCAUCUUUUCUAUACAAUCUGUACAAAAUAAUUAUGAGAAGCCAUAAUCAGGAAGUGUUUUCUUGUAUAUUAAAAUAUGGACGUCCUAAUUAUGAGAUACAGAAGUAUGAGUUAACGAAUACAUACUUUGGUAAAUGCAGUGCCUGUUGGUGUCGUCUUCCACAGCAAUUCAAACUUUAAGCAGGUCAUUUACAAAAUUAACUAAAACCUUUUGCUGUAAUGUCCUGCAACAUGCUGUUCUCCACAUAUCGACCCUUAAAUGUUUCCAAAAGCAACUUUAUGACUUACAUGACACUUAUACUUACAGCCUGGAAUGUCGUGUUUGUCUUUCAUUCUAAGUGCUAUCUUUUUACAUGUAUUAUUUUUGCCUAAGUAACUGCAUAUAUGCCUUAUAUACAGUUUUAUUUCUUUGAUAAAUCCCAGUAAGCAUUCAUUCUGCAUCUGUACAGGUAGUGUGAUACUAUAUUGUUUAUCUUUUAUAGGCAUUUGUUGUAUAUUAUACUUAAUUUAAACCUCGUGAUACAAUUUGAGGUAACAUUAGCCAUAUUUGUUGUUUUUUUUUCAGCUUUAAUUUCUGCCUGAACUAACAUAGAAUUUUUCUUUGUUUAGGCUUGUUGUCACAGUACUGUGUCCGUUAAUAACAAAAUACUUACAUGGUGUCUUUGUUUAGACACUUACAUGAACGUCAUGUCAAAUGAAAGUACUGAUGUCAAGAAACAAUUGCCAAUAAAGCUACGUGUGUUAAACAUG